AUGGCCUUGUUCCUGCAGCAACAUCUCCCAUUCUCCCUUUCUCUCCCCAAUUCCACCUUCGCCUCCCUGUUCCUCUCCAUCUCCCAAUCCCCCUCCCGCUACCGCUCCCUCCUCAAGUCGCACUCCGACCUCGAACUUGCCAUCAUGGGGGCAUUGGCCGGCGGAGCCGCCGGAGCGUUCACCUAUGUCUGCCUGCUCCCCAUCGACGCCAUCAAGACCAAGCUGCAGACCAAGGACGCCGCCCAGAUCUACUCCGGCGCCCUUGACGCCGCCAUCCAGACCUUCGCUCCCACGGCAUCCUUAGCUUCUACCACGGCGUCUCCGCCGUCCUCGUUGGAUCCGCCUCCUCCUCCGCAGUUUACUUCGGUGCCUGCGAUCUCGUCAAGUCCCUCCUCUCCAAAGAUCCCGGCUUUCCCUCCCCUUUUCAUCCCGGCGACCGCCGGCGCCAUGAGAAACAUCAUCUCGUCCGCCAUCAUGGUCCCCAAGGAGCUCAUCACCCAGAGGAUGCAGGCCGGCACCGUCGGCCGAUCGUGGGAAGUCCUCCGGAUCCUCGAGCAAGACGGCAUCUUGGGGCUCUACGCUGGCUACUCCGCCACUCAGCUGAGGAAUCUACCAGCCGGAAUACUCAGCUACUCCUCGUUCGAGUACAUGUAG